GCCGAAUGAUAUACCGUAACGGCCUAACGGGUUUCCCAUUCUGUUUCUUUCUUUUCUUUCUUUCUGAUGAGACAUUAAACGGACCAAGAAAGCGUAGGUAGGUGGGUAGGAGCAAGGGCGCGAAGGCAGACGCAAAGGAACACAAUGUUGUAUCACGAAAAGCAAGUCGCAGCACUCUGUGGAGUACAUUGCCUAAAUACACUUUUGCAAGGACCAUACUUCAGCGAAAUAGACCUGGCGCAAAUUGCGCAAGGUCUAGACGAGUUAGAGCGCGCUUUGGUUGGCGAGGGUGCGCUGGAAGAGGCUUCUGGUAACGUAGCAAUGGAUGGUAUGUUUUCCAUCCAGGUCUUGAGCCGGGCACUGGAGACCUGGAGCCUGCAGGUCAUCUCCCUGGAGUCGGAGGAGGCUCGAGCCUUCAAGGCUGCCCCUACAACUGCUGAAGCCUUCAUUUGCAACCUUCAGGAGCACUGGUUCACGCUGCGUCGAGUGGCGGGGGGCGAUUGGUGGAACUUCAACUCGCUGUUCCCUGCGCCCCAGCCCUUGUCAACAUUUUACCUGCAAGCCUUCUUGGACUCUCUGACGGGCGAGGGCUGGACCAUAUUUGUGGUGGCCGGCAAGCUCCCUGCCGCACUGCCUGGGUCGCUGGAUGCACCGCCCAGCGCCGGAGGCCGCUGGUGGAGCCCGGAGGAGGCUCGUGCCGCUACGGAUGAGGCGGAGCGGGCUCGCAAGCGGGGGCGAGUGGCUCACGCGCUGGAGGGGGCGCUGGCGCGAGCAGAGCAGCAGGGCGGCAGGAUGACGCUGAGGUCCCGUGGGGAGCCAGCCGGCGGCGGCGGAGGGGCGGCAGCGGGGACGUCGCAUGACCGCCGCCCCAUCGGCCUAGCGGGCUCUGACAGCGAGGGUGACGGUGACGAUGAUGAUGCUGACCUUGCAGCAGCCAUUGCCGCCAGCCUGCAGCACCACCAACACCACAAGCAGCAGGAUGCGGCGCAGGCGCCUAACGACUCCGUGGUCUCGCAGCAGCAAGUAUCGCAGCAGCAGCCGCAGGGGGCCUGGCAGCAGCUUCCCGGGGGGAUGGAGUAUGAGGAGGGGGGUUUUGAGGAUGAUCCCGAGCUGGCUGCCGCAAUCGCAGCUAGCCUGGCGGAUGCAGCUGGAGGGCCGGCGGCGGCGCAGGUCGGGAGUGGCAGCGGAGGUGAAGGCGCAGGCCGUGAGAAGCAGCAGGAAGGCAACCCGGCGGCGGCUGGAGGGGUUUCGGAGCCAACUGCUGUGCAGCUAGACCCGGAGCCCGAGGAGGGGGAGGGCGUCAUUGAGGUCGCUUUCAGGCUUCCUUCCGGUUCCCGUACCGCUCGGCGCUUCCGUCUGUCCAGCCCCUCCGGGCAGCUCUUCGCCUUCUUGGCACCCCAGCUGGGGACCGCCCCAACCGGCCUCGCGCUGUCCACCACGUUCCCUAAGAAGGAGCUGCCGUGCAGUCCUGAAACCUCACUGGCCGAGCUGGGCCUUACGCAUCGCACCCUAUUAGUUGCGGAGAUCAAAAAGUAGCGGCGUGCUGUAAGCAGGAGCCCCUACACGCUUACCAGCCGGAUUCGUUUUUGAGGACUUGGCACAUGAUGAUGAGGAAUUAGUUGCAAAUGGGAAGUGGGAAUGUUGUGUACGGCAGAGGCAGAUGACGACAUGUGGGGUAGGUCGGUGCAUGUAGUUUGAAAUGGUUAGCGGUGUAGAGAUGGCGAAUAUGCGAGUCAUGGUAAUGGCUGAGUGCACGCACAGGACGUUCCAGGAUGAUGUACCGGUAUACUAUACGCAGUUAGCGUGCAGGCCGGGUUUGCCAGGGCGCAUAGGGCCCAUAGGGUUGUGCAUCGCACUUCAGUCGCACUAAGAACCCCUGUCAAGUCUACAGUCGAAA